UCUGCCAUCUUUGCAUUAAGUGGUUCCUGACUGUCAUGCUAAGGGACGCGUGGAGGAAAAUGAACUUUCCAUUGUGACGAGCUGUCAUGUGGAGCGGGGAGAGGACGUCCGGUAGGUUAGUGUUUCCUGUGUAAGAGCACAGCUGACUCAGCUCCACCGGUGCAUACAGGCAGCAGGUAACCCGAAUACAACACCAACUAUGACCGACCAUCCGUCACAAACGCCGCUGUUUACUUUCGGUGUGAUAGCCGACAUCCAGUACGCAGAUAUAGACGACGGAUACAACUACACCCGGUCUCACCGGCGGUACUAUCGGAACAGCCUGCAGCUGCUGAGCAAGGCUCAGCGGAGUUGGUCUGAGUCUGCCGUGAAGCCGCACUUCAUCCUCCAACUGGGAGACAUUAUCGACGGCUUCAACAAGCGGGACGGCGCCUCGGAGAAGGCUCUGGACUCGGUGCUGAGGGAGCUGAGCCGCUGCCCGGUGGAGGUGCACCAUGUGUGGGGCAACCACGAGUUCUACAACUUCAGCAGGAGCCAGCUGUUGCGGUCACAGCUCAACAGCACACCAAGGACCGGCAGCAGUCUGGCAGGACCCCCGGCCCCGGCCGACUUCUAUGCCUACCACUUCAGCCCCUUCCCCGGCUUCACCUUCGUGGUGCUGGACGCUUAUGAUGUGAGCCUGUUGGGCAGAGAGGUGUCCAGUGAACAAUACAGUAACGCUAUGGAUCGGAUAAAACAGUACAACAGCAACGAGGACCUCAACUGUCCUCCAGGUGUUGUGGGACUGGAGACAAGGUUUACAAUGUUCAAUGGUGGGUUCAGUAAGGACCAGCUGGACUGGCUCGAUUCUGUGUUAUCCUUGGCCGAUGAGAAACGGGAAAGAGUCACUAUUGUCAGUCACCUCCCAAUCCACCCAAACUCCACAACACCCAUGUGCCUUGCAUGGAACUUUGAUGAGCUCCUCUCUAUCAUCCACUCCCAUAACAGUGUGGUGUGUUACAUGGCAGGACACGACCAUGACGGUGGAUACUGCAAAGAUGAAGACACAGGAGUGCACCACCUGACGUUAGAGGGUGUGAUCGAGACUCCUCCUGACAGCAAUGCCUUUGGCACAGUCUCCGUCUAUAAGGACAGGAUGGUGCUGAAAGGAAACGGCAGGAUCAGAAAUAGAGUCUUUCUAUUUGCAUGAUGCCAAAGUGACAACAACUAGACUGCCACUUGCUGUACUAAAGAAUCACGUUCCAGUUUUUCAGUCCUGUCUUAAAACAGAAGCAGCCUGUUUCAGCAUGAGAACAGCUUUUGUUUAUACUGGCCAUAAAAUAUUAUUUUUUAUUUGGUUCAACUGGAAGUGAUGGGGGCAACAUCUAAAGUUAAUUUAAGUUGCUUGAAUGUGUUCUCAAGUGGUUGUCUUUCACAGUUGUGUUCAUUUUGCUGUAAAAUCCCUUUUCUCUGCUUACCUGAACUGUAGCUAAGUUUUCAAUCGAUCCAUUAUUUUUUUCUUCAAAUGUUAGCUAACUUUUGAGAAAAAUGUCAAAAGAAAAUGCUUUUAUCGAUGCACCAACCUUUCCACCUCAGCCAAAGCAGCUGUUAAGUUUGAUCUAAAACUAACUUUAAACAAUUACCAUUUGAUUUAUUUAUUUAUUUAUUAUAUCGACAGAGUUUGAAAUGUACUGUCAUACAGAUAUAGAAUUGUGGAUUUUAUCCACAGUUACCCUAAAAGUGCAUUUGAAAAGGAAUUGUUUAAUGACCACGGUGACCUGAAGAAUCAGGGAUUUUUAUUAGUCCUUUUUACAGGAAGAAAAUUUCACAGCAUCCAGUUUCCAUCCCAUAGCAUAGGGAUGUGUUUGUUCUUCUCAGUUUAAAAAACACUGACAAAUAAGUUAUUAUAAUGAAACUACUCAAAUGGAACCAGUAUAACUCUCAGCUUUUUUAUUUAUGUUAAAACAUCAAGAUGGGAAGACUUUGCAAAUAUAAUACCUCAGAGAAUUUAUUGCACUGAUAAGUUUUUAUUUGUUUUAAACUGAUGACAAAGCAUGCUGUUUUCCUGUUUUAUUUUGGGGAUAAAAACAUUUAUAUGCAAAUACUUCAAGGAAGUAGUGAUUUUAAGUUUGAAUUGCUGCCUUUUGUGCAGUUGCACAUUACUGACUCGUAUACUGUUAACUGCUGAGUGCUGUAUGAGUGAAAAAUUGAACUAGUGCAGUGUUUUGCAGUAUUAUGCAUACUCCAGCUUUCAGGUGAUAAGAUGAGCAUAAGUGCAAAUCCAUUUGAUUUACACUAUAAAGUCAUGAGUUCAGUAAUAAAAGACGUAUACCACCAGACAUGACAUGACCUUGGAACUUUUUGAAUCUGUUUUUGUUGUUUUGUUGAGGAUGCUGUAAUAAAACGUGUAGGUUGUUUUGUGUGUGAAAAGACCAUGAACAGAUACAGUUUUGAACAAAAAACUUCACAUACACUUAAAAGACCUUGUAUAUUGAGUUUUCAGUGACUCCUAGAGCAUGCAAAUUUCUAUGAUGGAAUAACUGAAAUACAUUUUGGUUCCUUCACAAAUUUAUUACAGUCAGAAAUAAACAUGCAACUUGAAUUACCA